AUGGCUUCCCAGAACUUGCUCGGCAUGGUCAUCGCGCCUAACCAGUGGCGAUAUGCCCGCGCGUGCAUGGUGUGCUCUAUCAUUAUGACCCAAUCACACUUCCGCGCGGAAGGUUGCCCUAACUGCCCUUUCCUUGACUUGAAGGGAUCGCCCGAAGCUAUUGAAGCUUGUACCUCAAGCCAGUUCGAGGGCACUGCCGCCUACUUCCAACCUCGUCGUUCCUGGGUUGCGCGCUGGCAGCGCGUUGACACCUUCGUCCCCGGUACCUAUGCCAUUAAGGUGAAUGGUUCUCUUCCGGAGGACAUUAAACAGGCAAUGGAAGACCAGGGCCACACCCACAUCCCACAACAGGCAGAGAGCCAGCCUGUUCAGAGCAAGGGCAAGAAGAAUGCCCAGGAGACGGGACAGCAGGGCCGUCAGAAGGAGGAUCGCCGUAACCAGCAGCAGCAGCAGCAGCACAAAGGCCACCAGAAGCAGGGCCAGCAGGUGCAACGAGCUGGAGAGGGAGGCGGUGAUUAA